AUGUCAAAUUUUCCAGUAAUCAGGGCUCGAUCUUCAGCUACAUUACCACGGUCACAUUCUUUUGAAAGGGGUGAUGUGGCAACUUUAACCAGAGUGGCAUCUGUACCAAAUUUAGAUAAUAUUCAUGUUAGUGGUCGAUAUCGUCCAUCAACUUUAUUUCGUUAUAGAAGAAAUUACGAUUUGUUAGAAGAUUAUUUCCACGAUCGUAGUGUUUUUGACACACCACUAUAUUGGCACGACUACAGAUUUGCUGCUCGUCGUUUCAUCAACACUGAUCCAUUGCCAAGAAGUCUUGGCUUUGAUUAUCCUGCAUUUUGGUCGCGCUACAAAUGGUAUACAGAUUGGUUAAAUCCAGUAUACUGGCGUCGUCAUCGUGAUCCAAAUUAUGAUAGACCACUGUGGAACGAUUGGAAACCGUGGCAUUUGGAAAGAAAUAACAUAAAGCGUGCAAUACGUAUGUAUAAGGAAGGUUUGCUUGAUUUUCAAACUCUGGAUCGACAUUGGAUUGAACCUUUGGCACUUUCUAGGAAAGAAAAGGACUGGAAAGAUGUGUAUUUGCCUGCUGGU